AUGCAAGCACAGAAACUAAGGAAUUGUUCAAAUGAUUUUAAUCGGCAUUGUCGUAAACCGAUAACAUUGAUUUGUGGUCAAUCAGUAUGUACAACUUGUUCACGACAACUAUCAUCUACAUCAGUAAGUCUAAAUCAAUGUCAGUUACACUGCAGUACAAUUGCAAAAAAUCUUCCAACUAAUUAUUCAUUAUUAACAUUUUUACUGGAUGAUAGUGGUGGUGAUAAUGAGGCUAGUGGAAAUGGUGGUGAAAUGGAAUAUAACGAUUAUAUUCAAAACUUAAUAAAACCACAUGCUGUGCAAGAAGUAUUGAAAUUAAUUAUAUUAGCAUUAGAAGAUGGUUCGGCAAUGACACGAAAAAGUUUAAUAUUAUCUGUUAUUGAAAAAUUGCAAUCAGAUUAUCAUCAUUUGCAUCCACUGCUACUUCCACCACCAGGUUUUCAACAACAACAAUUUCCACCAGUGCCCAUACACAUGUCUGCUACUGCUCCGAAACGAGACAAUGUUGUUCUAACAACUCAAGCAAUGUUUAAUCAGCAAACGUAUUAUCUAAUUCAACAGAUGAUGAUAAAUGCACCUUUUUCACCUAACAGCGUUCAACAAUUGUCACAGCAAUUGUCGUAUUCUUCUCUCAGAACACCGGACACAUUUGGUUCAAAUAUUAUCCAUAGUUUUGCACCAUUUCAUCAACAAGUAACGCUCCAAAAAAUUGAUGAGCAAUCAAAUGAGAAAAAAUUUGACGUAGAUGAUUUUUAUUUAAUUGACCACAACAACGGACAAUAUUCAUCAUUACCGUCUUCAACACUUCAACGAAAUACCAAAAUUCCAUAA